AUGGCUCUUAAGCGCAUUAACAAGGAGCUCACUGAUCUCGGCCGUGACCCGCCCUCUUCCUGCUCUGCCGGCCCCGUCGGCGAAGAUCUGUUCCACUGGCAAGCGACGAUUAUGGGACCCGGCGACUCUCCCUACUCUGGCGGCGUCUUCUUCCUCGCCAUCCACUUCCCGACCGACUACCCCUUCAAGCCGCCCAAAGUCAACUUCACCACUCGCAUCUACCACCCCAACAUCAACUCCAACGGCAGCAUUUGCUUAGAUAUUCUGCGUGACCAGUGGAGCCCGGCGUUGACCAUCUCCAAGGUCUUGCUGUCCAUCUGCUCAAUGCUGACGGACCCCAACCCCGACGACCCUCUGGUGCCCGAGAUUGCACACGUCUACAAGACGGACCGCGCCAGAUACGAGGCCACUGCUCGCGAGUGGACUCGCAAGUACGCUAUUUAG